UCAUAAUACUAGAACUUGCACGUCAAGGUAAAUAGUAUAUAUAUUUGAGUAUAUAAAGUAAGGAUUAUAUAACAAACAAAUACACAUUUUCAGUACUUCUUAAUUAAUUGUAGAUUACAUAAGGCUUACUUAUUAUUUAAUUGCAGGAGAGAUGGAUCCAGCAGCUCCAGGCCCUCUGGACCCUAGUGUCCUUACGAUGCAGGCGAGUCACAGGAGCAGUGUGCUAUGGGAUGUACAGGUGUCCGAUACGGAAACCAUAUACACCAGGCAUCCCGAUUCAGCUCCAUGGGCGAUUGACGCACGGAUCGUCCCGUACCUUCAGCUUGCGAGAUUGCAUGACUUCCACCUGAUCGCGUACGGGAGAGUCGAUCGGGCGCUGCUCACGGCUUUAGUCGAGCGGUGGCGCCAGGAGACUCAUACCUUCCACCUACCUAUAGGUGAGGCUACCGUCACGUUACUUGACGUAGCUGUUCUUACACGGCUUCCCAUCGAGGGACAUGCCGUGUGCAUCGAUGUACGCCAGUUUGAAAGCUGGCAAGAUAAAGUCCAUAGAGUAUUAGGAGUGCGACCUCCGGCUGAGGUAACCAAAGGGAGUAGCCUGCGUGUAACAUGGCUUGCACAAAACUUCUCGCAACUCCCUGAAGGUGCUGAACACGCCACCGUUGAGAGAUACGCUAGGGCGUAUCUCCUUUAUCUGAUUGGUGCUGUCUUGUUCUCCGACAAGACUGGCAAUCGAGUACAACUAUUGUACUUGACGUUGCUUGAUGCGCCAUGGGAGGUCAUCUCCGGGUACAGCUGGGGUUCGGCAGCCCUAGCAUAUCUGUACAUGAGACUUUGUGAAGCUUCACAGAAGAACGUGAAGGAGAUCGCUGGUCCCCUGAUUAUUCUACAGGUAAUAAUAAGUUAUAAUGCUUACUCUACAGGUAAUAAUAUUGUUGUACCUCUUUUACUUACUUAUAAUGGUAAUUCUUAG